AACUCUUGAGGGAAUUUGAUUUGGUCGAAUAAUGUUUUAUUAGCAUGUUUUAUACUCGAAGGAACCUAAAUGAUUUUGAAAGCAUCGGGAAUUAUUUACUAUGCUCUUUUUUCUUUUUUUUGACGUCGUUUUGUGCCGUUUCAUUUCAGGUUGCUUUAGGUUGAAUCCCAAUUCAUGAUGAAGAAAUGACAUUGACUAAGGCUCAAAUAUUCGGCUCCUUACUUUCAAAGUCGAGAGCUCUAAUGCAAUACUGUCGAUAUAAAUCAUGCUAUACAAUUAACGACAGGUUGCAAUUUGAAAAUGAUGAAGAAAAUGAGGAAGAAAAGGAGGUACGAUCAAAGUAUGUGUUUCGAUCACGUUUACCGGUUCUUAUCGAUAAUGAUUAUUUUGAUGCGACAUUCCAGUAUGAAUAUGAUAGGAUUUGUCGCGAAUGCUUUGCUUGGGAUUCGGAGAUGAAUACUGUCAAAACAGUAUGGGAUAGAUUGAAACCACCACCACAGGAGAAAGUUGAAGAUUAUGUAUUGAUGAUUGGAAAUUCACGCUCGCUUCCUUGGGCUCCGAAUGAGUGGUGUAUAGAACGAGCAUUUGACUGCUACCGGAAUAGGCGAGAUGUUACUCGGAUUCAUUUAACCAUAAAAUAUUUGGAAAUGUUGAAAAGGUUGCCGAAUCUGAGAGUUGGUGUUAUGUUAGAUAUGGCUCAUCAUAUCCAGCAGAAGAUUCUAAUAGAAAGGACUCGGAAGUUAUUUGAAAUGGUGUGCCAAACAUAUUAUACUGGUGACUUGACGAAGUUAAUAGAAAGUGAUGAAAAUGCUAAACCUAUUGUGGAAUACAUGUAUCAAGUCGAACAAUUAGAAGCUGAAAAGCGUGAGGUGUUAAAUAUCACUGAACAUGAUAUCGUCACUGUUGCUCCAGGCCUUUAUGGUGCCAUUCAGGAUUUCUUUCGAGUUUACUUUGCAAGCACUUAUUCGUUAUCAAUAACAUGUUGUGCACUGCAUCAGAAAAGCAUUUUGUAUCGUGUAGCUGAUCAAAAAUAUAAAUUAAUGAAGAAUCAGAUUGCUAUGCCGUAUGAGUACUCGUACAAUGUGCCACACUUGGUAUUCGGUAAUUUUGGUUACUGGUAUUCACGAAGAAGAAGACAGUUCGAACUUCACGAUCUUCAUAUUUUGGCUUUCCCAGUAUUGCCUUGGUAUAAAGAUUUACCCGGUACAUAUGGGAAGUUCUUUUCACCAAAAUAUGAACGAAUCCCGUUAUCCACAAGCAUUUUCAUUUAGGUAUUUAUAACUUAUGAAGAAAAAAUUUGUUCAAUUGCACUUGUAUUUUAUAUAUUUUUCUUUUAAUUUCACGAAUUAGGCAUUUUUAUUAAGGUUGACGAUGAUUUCAUUUUCAUGACAUUAACGAUUUGCGCUUCUUAUGUUUCUUUGCUGAUUC